AGUGUAACGAAGCGUGGGGAAGACUUGAUUUUUGCCCAUUUUUUCUCGUGUUAGAAAAAAAUUCUCCGACGGGUGGAUUUUUUCUGUGAAAAAUUAACAUUUUGAGCACAUUUUAUUUAAUUUGAAGUUGUUUUUGAGUGAAAAUGUUUUAAAUAAAAAUCGUUUAAGAUUUAUUCGCCAAGAUGGUGUUCCGGAAGCUAAUGGAGAGGAUGUGCAUUGUCCUCUGUAAGCGUCAUGGAAUUCCCCUGAAGUUGUUUAUGCUCAGAUGUGAGCGAGAUGUGUUGAAGCGACAGAAACGAUGGAAGAACUUUGUUCUACAGUCGCGAAGCUUCUUUAUGGGAUCCCGCGUGGUCAUUAAGGUGCCACCACACAGAAAGUUCCGGCAGAAGGAUCGUGAUAUUCAUCGACAUUUUAACUGGGCAACAGUGCUGUGGCAUAAAUUUAAUGGAGUUAAAGUGCAAAUUGGUGAAUAUCUCAUGAAGAAAAAGGAAAAGGCAGCUCGACGGAGGGAGGCACGAAGGAACAGGAAACGCGGGAUCUCCAAGGAGUCCAAAGAAGUGCCCAAAGAUGCCACAAAGGAAAAAACUGUGGAUGUAGCGGCGGAAGAUAGUUCAGAUGAGGUUCAACUCAUUAAUGACUAUCCUGUGAUUGAUCUUGCAUCGGAUGAUGAGGAUAUGCCGGAAGUUGAGCAGUUGUCUCAUUGUGAAAAGGAUUCUGAUGAAAUCCUGGAAAGUUCUAAAUUUACUGUGAUGGAGGUUUCUCAGCCGCUUCCGGAGGAUCCUCAACCAACUGCAGAAGAUCCCCAACCGAUUGAAGAAGAUCCUCAACCGAUUGAGGAAGAUUUCCCUGAAGAUGAUAAGAAAAACCUGGAGAUUUCUCUGCCUCAAAUAGUAAGUGUGUCUUCAGCUGUUGCACGCUUUGACAGCUUUGAAGAAAACCCACCGAUAGGGAAUGAAUCCCACACUGAAGCCCUUGACGAUAUAAAGCCCACAAAUGAGGAGCUGGAGCGUGCUCGACAAAUUUUCUCAAGCCUAAAACCCGAAACUGGGGAAGAUGUCAAGGAAGGCAUCUACAAUGCUCUCUAUUCCCUUGAUACUCUCUCCGAGGCUGAUGAUUCCCAUUCUCUGAAUCAUUCAACUGAUAAAACCUUCCUCGAUUCUCUGGCUAAUAAAUUGGGAGUGGAAGGAGGUGCUGGAACACAGGCAAGGACUGAAAAAUCCUUUGAGGAUUGCUACCAGGAGUUGGAACAAACAUUUAAGCGUGUCAAUGCAGUGGCAUCGAGUCUCGAUGAUGUUGCCGUGAAAGAUGAGGAUACAUCGUCCAGCACAGAGUUCUAUGGCUUCAAUGAGAAUGACCUACAAACUCCAGGACUCCUCCGGACACCCCAUGUACGCCAAGCGGGCUCCUAUUCGGCUUUUGUGAGCCAAAAGUACGAUAGUCUACUCGAAAGAUUGGGCCCUGUUGCCAUUGAUAGGGAUGAGAAGUCUUUCUACAGGCGAUAUAAUGAUGAGGAGAAGAUAAAUCGGCAUUCCCUGCCGCCAAAACUUGAAUGCCCGGACCUGCCGUUGGACAUGAAGUCCAGGACAUUGGCGGAGAAGAAGCAAAUGCUGCGAAUAAAGCCCAUUGGGUAUCAGGUGAUGGAUCAGGAGAAUAGUGUCUAUCAGCUGCUGAAGAAGCGCCUUAAAGCACCCCUGGAUGAUAAACUCUUCGACCAGGCGCAGCGGAUUAUGCGACAGCCCGUUCCAAUGCGGAGGAAUGUGUGGAAGACAGCAACGUGGCUCAAUACGCGUGAGAAUCACUACAUCUACCGCUACAUCACAUUCGAGGGGCGCGAGAUUAAGCUCUUUGGCUGUGUGGGGAAUUAUGUAAAGAAGCACGUAAGGAGAUUGGAUCAUGCCCUACCAGGGAGGAUGUAUACGCCCAGACCAAAGCUGUGGUGUUGCAAAAUUACCGGAUUUCCUCGCAGUAUAAAAUUCAACAAUCUCCGUGAAAAGGAACCGGUGCAGGAACAAGAGAAGGAGGAUGUUAAACCAAUUGUUGAUCUCGAAGUGCAACAAACGUCGUCUCCUGUUAAGAAAAAGUGGAAUUUAAUUCAAGUCCGGAAAAUCCCACCUGGACCACUUUGUACAAAGCCCAAAAAUGCGGAAAAGAAUGAAAAUCUCGCUCCAUUGGAUACGUAUGAGCUACCCCAAGUUCUCCUACAAUUAUGGCCAAAGAUUAAUCAGCCGUUCCCACUGAAAGUUAAACGGUAUCUCAGUGAAAUGUGUCCGUAUGAGGAAUUAACAGAGCAGUGGAUUGAAUUUGCUUUAGCUGCUCUCAAGGAUGUGCCAGAACUUGAGGAACCCAUUGAAUUUGAGAUUCCCUAUGAGAAUAAUCGCAAGAAGAUUCUCGUCAGUCGGGACUAUACAAGUGCCAUACGGCGUUCAAGGACAACGGAAGUUUUUGAUGAUUCACAACCUCUGAAAUUCCGGGAAGAUCUUCCGGAUGAUCCUGUACUUCAUGAGUGUGCCGAUAUCCUCGAAGACAUGGUGAAUAGUGUGGCAAUUGGAAUGGCCGAGGAUGAUUUCUCAAAAUGUGAUCCAGAUUUGGAUUAUGCGAAGCAGGAUUCACAAAAGAGAUUCCUAGAAGCGCCAAAGGAUCAGGAAGCACCUGCUUACAAGAAGCCACGUUCAUCAGCAUUGCUAGCUGAACUGAAACGUCUUAAUGCGACAAUCAUCAACACUGAGAACAUCCCGAGGCAAAAGGAAUGCAAUCAGGAGCACUGCAAAAAGGGAUGUAUUUGUGACAGUAUUGCAACCCUUGCAUGCCCCACAAGUCACUGUGAAGAUCCCCGUUGUAUGUUUGAAUGUGUCUGCGGAAAAGGAUUGAAUGUCAGCAAGGAGGAAAUCAAUCCGUUCAGCAAGGAGGUAUUUAGGAUACGUGAUAAGGCAAUUUCCCGACUAGCCCGUGCUGAGAAGGACUUCAGUUCAACAGUUGUCUUGACCAACAACAACACCUUCCUGCUGAGCAACAGUUCCGAGGAGAAGAGCAAACGUAGUCGAACAGUUCCAAGGAAGUUUGGAGACUAUGUGCGAACAGAAGUGGCUGAAGAGGAACUACUAAAGGGUAAAACAGUAGAUGCUACGGUAAGAUUUCCCAGUGUUAAGGGGAAACGUGGACGACGUCAAGUUGAUCCGGAAAUUGAGAAGAUGCGUCAUGUUAGCGUAGUUCUCAGGCCUAUAACGCAUAUUGUACAAAAUAUGGAACCAUGGUGUAUGAUUCACGAACUCUACAGAUGCUUCUGCAAAGGUGAUGCAGUUUCGGGGAAACCUUUCUUGUUAACACAAGUUGAUGGGAAGCAUAUUGCCCUAUCAGAGGAGCUUGUAGCAAAACCAUCAGAGUACAGAAAACUCUCGAAGAAAUCGAGUAAAAAUAGCUUUGAUUCUGAUCCAAUGCGAGAUGUUUCACUCAUUGUUUCGGAAGAUAAUGAAUCUCAGCAGUCAUCUGUGCUAACUACGAGUCAGAUCUCACAGUUUAUGAGUCCUGCUGCUGCCGAAAUGGACAAUGAUGAUGCCAUAAUUGCGGAUUAUCUGCAGAAUAUUCAAAAAGCGCGAAUAAGGACGUAUAAGCGGGGUGAACCAACAGCGCAUAUCUUCAGAGGAUCCGUCUCCAGAUGUGUUCCGUUCAAUAAGUCCACGCAGGUUAUUCUAAAUAAGCAGAAUGCGCACAGAGUGAGGAAGUUCAUCUAUGCCAUGGAGAGAACACCGCUAAUUUUGAGCCUUUUAAAGAGACGCUACACAGAAUCCGUUUCCAAGUCAAGGAAGGAGAUUCAGAGGGACGCAGGGAGUAAACUUGUUCCUGCAGCAAUGACCCACACCGAUACCCUUAGGAGUACAGUUAUUAACAACAGGAAGGACUACUCUGGUAAACGUCAAUCACAAGGAUCUGGGAAAUUUGUUGAAUCCAAUUCAGGGGAUGCUGAAUAUUCCAAUGCAAUUCCUUCUCUUGAUGCAUCAUCUGUCAAUGAUCAGAGUAGUAAUAGUGCAACAGAUCCCGUUGUUCCGGUUAUAUCCUCGGUUACAUCGUUGAAUACGCAAAAGGAAGUUAGAAGGGAUUCCUUUGAUGAGACAUCAGGGAGUCAGGAACAUUCUCAGACAGAUGUACAAAUGACUCUUCUUAACAAACUAAACAUGAUGGUGUCGAAGAUGAUGACGACGAUUGCGAAGAAUGAAGAGAAGCUCAUGCUUGAUGCGCCACAAAUUAAUAAAAUAACGACAAUCAAAUGGAUUAAUCUGCUACAGGGCUAUAGAAGCUACACUCUCCACAUGUGGGAAGUGCACUACACAGAGAAACUUCAUCUCCUAAUAACCAGAUCCAAUAAAGUGCCCGAAGUUCCACCGGGUUAUAUUGAGAUUUUCGAAGUUCGUAAAAUGCGGAAUCCAAGUAGUGAGUUUAGUCGGAUGUUGGCUCAAUCGUAUGACCUGAAGAACAUUGACAAGUACGCAGCUCUGCUCUUUGGGCACAAGGACUACUGGCAAGUUAUUGGCUUCCUGAAUAAAACGUCCAAAGUACAAAAUUCCGCCACAAAGUACUUAUCUGUGUCCAAAGAAACUCAUCCACAGGUGGCAAGUAAGAUUUCCAAGCUGUACGACAUUCUCCUUGCGAAGGUGACAAAAGUUCCAACGUCUAAUGUGCAAAUAAUGUCAUCGGAGCAAAUUCAAAAUGCUAAACUCCUUAAAUUUCCACUUCCAAGUCAGCCUGGUCAACGUUGGUUCAUGCUCGUGAUUACGAAUGACUUCUCGGACAUUUCGCAUCCAAAGUGGGGACAACUGCUGUCGUACGAUCGUAUACGGUAUGCAAUUGCAAUUGCUGAGAAGAAUGGACGAACGGUUCAGGUGAAGAGCAACAAUAGUAUUUCCUUAAAUCCCAGCGUCUAUGUUACACCACAUGCAUCGGAUAGAAUUUUUAUUGGGCCAUAUGGAUUGAAUGAGGAGUGCGACAUAAUACUCUACCAGCGUAUGGAUGGAUCUAUCCUGUUGCGAGAAACCUACGAGAAGACAAACAACAUCAAACGAACAUCAUCAACAAUGGGUUGUUGGAUUCAACUCAAACCUCGAACGGUUUCACAGCCAAACUCUGUUGUGGAAUCAAAUACAAUGCAACUUGAUUGUAAUCUGCAGGAUGCUUCGUCGCCGAGAAAAUCCCAGAAGUUGGAUGAUGACGAUGAUUGUGUUGUAGUUGAAGCAGAUCCAAAGGAGAUUAAAGCUGCUGAGGAAGCGCAUGAAGCUGAAGAGGCUGUCAAUUCUAUUCUGCCGGAUGGAUUGAAACUCCCAACGGUGAAACCAAAGAAAAUAUCAAGGAAUGAAGGAGAAAGGAAAUCAUCAGACGCUGCUAAAAUACGUGUUGUUCCUGAUCACGUGCUAACGGCUCGUUCAUCUCCUGCAGUAUCUGACGAGGAUUUGGCACCAUCGAAGAAACGUCUGAAGCGCGCAUCAAUGAAUUCAGACAUCUCCGAUACACCACUUGCUAACCUAAAGGACUUAACGGUUAUCCCAAUGGAUGAAGACGAAGAUGCUCCGGAAUGGGCGGUUCCGUCAAAUAACCUUCCUGCUCUGACGAUAACGUCUGUUGAUGAAGCUGAAGCAUCGUCAUCAUCAUCUGGAUUUCCUGUUAUCUCCAAAGUUGUGAGUUUAGGCGAUGAUAAACAACAGACGAAAGAUGAGCAGGUUAGCAGUAAGCUACAGCAGUCUUUACUGCGAACCAACAGGGAUGCUUCGAAUAAGAUAGUUGAAUCCAAUGAUGAUAGUUUGGAAGCACUUGAAAAUUUGACAGAAGAUGGAACAGAGAAGAAUAAGAAACUAACUCCGUUUGAAGAGCAAUUUGCGCAGUAUUUAGAGGACAAGGAGACUGGGAAGGAACUUGCUGUUUAUGGUAAAAGUUAUAAUUACCGAAGAAAAUAUAUAAAACAUGGAAAUUGGAAUACGUCUCCUCAUCAUGGUGGAAAGGACAGUUUGAGGUCUCCUAAGGAAGCUUCUGACUCCUACUACGUCAUUUCGAAUGAAAAUGAAGAGGAAAAGGAGGAAAGAGGAGCAACGGAGAUUCCAAGGAAGAUUAAAAUUGUUAAAUCUAUCAAACCACCUUCAUCAAUUAUUUCCGUUUCAUCCCUACAUGAUAUGCCAAGUCCGCAAAUUGUUGGUAUUCCUGUGGGGAAACCGGAUGUGCAGCAGCCGAAGGGAAAUGUUAAGGUGGCGUAUACAAGUGCAGGAAAGAAGGUGAUUAUACGUCAGAUGCCACCGAAGGAGGGAAGUUCGUCUUCUAACGCAGGACUGAAGAGAUCUUCUCCACCACCUCUUGCAAUUCCAACAAAGAAAUUCAAACCUGCUGAAGGAGAAGGAUCUGCUUCGUCGUCUGUUCCGUUGAACUUGAAUAGCCUUCUGCCGUACAACACGAACAAUUGCAUUCAAAUUGGACAGACAAUGCUGCAUAAAGUCCCACUUCCUGCUACAUCUACUCUAGCUGUUGUCAAAACCUCACCAAGUACGGCAUCAUCAACAGUAAAAACCAUCCCAAAGGUCAUUUGCAAUGGGCUUGGGAGUCAAAUGUUGAAGGUGAAGGUUAAUAUUCCAUCAAGUAGUACGACAAGUACGGCAACUUUGGUGAAUUUGCCAAAGACAACAGUUCCAUCCCUUCAAAUUCCCACAAGUACCAUCACAGCAGCCAAAGAGAGUCUUCCUACUUCAUCAACGAGUCCCAUUGUUGUGCCAUCAUCGGUGGCUGUAAAAGUUCCGGGUGUUCCAUCCACGCUUCUUGAUUCAUCCAAAACAAUCACAAUUACAAGGACAACACCCGAUGGGAAGGCCAUGAAGUUCGUCCUGCCUGUUUCGAGUAUUCAACCAAUUUACAAAGUUCCGGGAAAAAUGCCUCCACUCAUGGUAGUUUCAUCACCGACUUCCUCCACAUCCGUGCCGAAGGUGCAAAGUGUAGAGAAAUGUGAGGAGGUUUGCAGCCAAACGGGAUUGCCUACUGAGAGUCCUGGUGGACGAAUGAGUAGCCCAAGUGAUGGGGAUAUAAUUGAUUUAUCCGAUGAUGAAGAAGUGGAGCAACAGAGGAAGGCAGAAGCGAUGAAGGAGAAAAUUGCAAGUGGAUGGAUUGUGUCGAGUAUCCCACAAUUGGGAUACAUUCCAGCUAGAAUGGUGGAUAAGUCGAACUAUUUGAUGGAACUGCCCACAAGGAAGCAUCCUUUCAAGGUUGGAUGCAAUUGUAUUGAUCGCUACAUGGAUCGAUAUAUGAAAUACUGCGUGAUGAUGUACCUUCCGGAAGAUUUGAGUGUGAGGUGGGAAUUUGUGGAGGGUGAUCCACAGAAGCAGCCACCAGGGGAGAAAUUCACUCUUCAAGCUUCAACGAACAAGGAGCGUCUUAUCUUAACACCCAAUGGUGUUAUGGACAUGGAAUUCCCAGUACAGCGUGAACUAAUCGACUGCCCAUCUGUCUACACGCGUCUCCUCCUCAUGCAUCUCGUCUACGUCAGUGUGGGUGAACUCAAGCCCACAAAAGGCAUCGAAGUUGUGGAAAAGGCCCUAAAAGUCAUAGAAGGACUCAAGGAUACAUACGUUGAGCAAACUAAAACAAUACAGAAGCUACAAGAUAAGCAACGGGAGCUAAAACAACAUCUAAAGAUACUCACUGAAACCUGCAAGCUACCGACAGUCAAAUAAAUUUCUCUACCAAAAUGGUUGUGUUUAACAGUAAAUACUGAAUGUUUAUUAAUUGGAUAAAAAUGGCGCAAUAAAUCCUUAAAAAAUUAAAAAAAA